AUGAAUUCCACAUUCACCAGAGAAGACGAAAACGACGCGACAGUCGAUAUCAAAGAGGAUAUGGAGGUUUUCAGCGAUGCGCCACAGACAAUCGAACGGCCGUCGAGAUCAGCAGCAUCACAAGAGACUAGAGAGCCGGAGACGUUGCUCGGCUACACGAGAGCCGAGAUCAUUGUGCUGAAGCAUACGUCGAAGUUGCUCACCGAGCAAGUCGGAAGACUUUUGUAUUCGAAUGAAUUCGAAGUUCGGCGCUGUGCGAAUGGCGAAGUGAUCUCCCAGGGACGCUGUCAGACACCAGUCAACGGAGCCGUCAACGGAACCACCGGAGCAUCGAACGAGGAGCUCCAAAAAGCGCUGAAAGAUCGAGAUUUGGCGAGAGCCGAGGCCGAGAAGCUCCAUGCUAACUAUGCGACGCUUUUUGCCUCUUAUAAUCAGGUCCGUGAAGUGGCUAAUGACAUUCGCAAUGAGUAUGAAGACGCUAGGGAUAAGCUGAAAAUGGCGGUCGCAGAAGUCGAUGAGUGGCAGAAUAAGUUUUUGGCUGUCAAGAAUAAUGCGAACGCUGAGUUGGAGAGAGCUUCCAUCGAGUACGACGAGCUAGUUUCGAAUCACGAGAACAACAUGAAAGGAUUGCGUCUUCGUGUCAAACGACACGAUAUCGAAAUUGCGAGUAAAGACGAGGAGAUUCGUGUGCUGAAGAAACGUGUCGAAGAGCUCUCAUCGAUUUGUGAUCAGCUGAUUGAAGACGUCGAUUUGUCGGAUCAAAUGUCCCAAGUUUCCAUGGACGCCUAA